CGCGAAAUUAAUCUUCGAAGUUGCCACUCGGCUCAGGGAACAUGUAUUCGAAGUGACCGGGCAUUGGCCAUUGUCGUUGAAGUUCCUGUGUCCCAAGAAGCGCGGGUUAUCUGCAAUCUGGCGACGGACGUGGACGAUAGAGGAUGGACGGGAACUUCAAACGCGGGCUCAUAUCGAAUUGCAUUGCUCUUCCAAUCCUUUUUGGUUUUGGCUACGCAAUUCAGCUCCAGCACCUUGCUGCCGCUGCCCUUGCGGUCAAUUGGUUUGUCUUCGUGGUUCAUGCUCUUCCCAGAAAUAGCGAGCGUUUUUUCGAUGCUACUGGCUCUCUGACCUAUUUGAUUAUGAUCGGCAGUGCGGUAUCAACGUCUCAGGGUUGCGUAUCAAGGAGGUUCGUCAGUGCUUCUAUGGUUGUCGUGUGGUGCAUUCGGCUUGGCUCCUACUUGCUAGGACGGAUCAUGAAGGAUGGAAAAGACGGUCGUUUCGACGAGUUCAGGAAGAGUUGGCUUCGCUUUCUGGGCGUGUGGACCAUUCAAGCUGUAUGGUGUUUCUUCGUCGCAUCGCCUGCUCUAGUCAUGAUUACCUCGGAGGCCUGCCACACGUCCGUAAGCAUCCUUGAUUGUGUGGGCUGGGCGCUCUGGUUGGUGUCCUUCUGCAUAGAAGUUGUAGCUGACAGGCAGAAGGACAGGUUCCGCCGCGAUCCAGCAAAUAAAGGACAGUUCAUCACUACUGGCCUCUGGGCCUACUCGCGUCACCCGAACUACUUCGGCGAGAUCUGCAUGUGGAUAGGGAUAUGCAUUUCGGGCAGCAGUUGCUUCCAUGGUCUGGAAUGGCUCUCGUGGGUGAGCCCUCUGACCACCUGGAUAUUAUUGAUGAAAGUCAGCGGGGUAUCCCUUCUUGAGAAGUCGGGGCAGGAACGCUGGGGCAAGGACCCCAAGUAUCAACACUACAUGGAUCACACGCCUUGCAUCGUUCCAGCCUUACGCAAGCCUCCGGCCUACCCCACGGAUGGUUAUGUCCCAAUCGUUGGGUAAGAUCAUCAAAGACACGUUCAUUAUCUAUGUUCCAAUUUUCUUCUUAGCAGAGCAGGCGUCAAUCUUGUACGGGGCUGUCCCCACAUGGGGGUAGUAGAGAUAAAAUGUGCAGAUCCGACAGGGAACGUGAGUUCAAAGUCCAGAAGCACGUCAUGCACACGCCGCCGUCCUCCAAGAAUGUGCGUGAUUGGCACGACCUCAUCCCUUGCAGGUGCAGUUUUCUUCUGAAACCUCAUGAUACCCGAGAAAACCAA